GAAAGGGAAACUGGCAGGAAGGGGUAAGGAGCUACACAUGUCACAUGUGCUUUCUAAGACGGCCAGGAGCAUCUGCAGGCUGGAUCUGGUGGAGGAUGCUGCGGCAGGUGAUACACAGAGGGCUCCAGUCGUUUUUCUACAAGCUGGGCUUAUUCGUGAGCAGGCAUCCGGUGUUUUUCCUCACUGUGCCCGCAGUCCUGACCAUCAUCUUCGGCUUCAGCCUGCUCAACCGCUUCCAGCCUGACACUGACCUGGAGAGCCUGGUAGCCCCCAGCCACAGCCUGGCCAAGAUCGAGAGGAGCUUAGCCAGCAGCCUUUUCUCCCUCGAUCAAUCCAAAAGCCAGCUGUAUUCGGACUUGCACACCCCGGGGAGGUAUGGCAGGGUGAUUCUCCUCUCCAAACCAGGAGGCAAUAUUUUGCAUCAGGCUGAUGUGAUCCUGCAGAUCCACCGAGCCGUGCUGGAAAUGAAGGAUGGAAGGAGCAGUUUCAUUGGCCACCAGCUUGGAGGGGUAAUGGAAGUGCCAAACAGCAAGGACCAGAGAGUCAAAUCAGCCAGAGCCAUCCAAAUCACUUACUACCUCCAAACGUAUGGCUCUGUCACCCAGGACCUCAUUGGGGAGAAGUGGGAGAGCGAAUUCUGUAAACUGAUGCACAAGAUGCAGCUGGAUCACCAGGAUCUGCAGCUCUACUCACUAGCAUCCUUUAGCCUCUGGAAGGACUUCCACCAGACCAGUCUCUUGGCCAGGGGCAAGAUUUUGGCGAGCCUGAUGCUGAUUCUCCUGACUGCUACCCUCUCGAGCUCCAUGAAGGACUGCCUGCGUAGCAAACCUUUCCUGGGACUCCUGGGAGUGCUCACUAUCUGUAUUUCCAGUGUCACUGCGGCAGGGAUAUUUUUCAUUACUGAUGGAAAAUAUAAUUCUACUCUGUUGGGAAUCCCUUUCUUCGCUAUGGGUAAUUAUUUCUCUUCAUAAUAAUAGGAUUAACAGAGUUUAAUGACAGAAUUGUAAAUUACAUCCUGGGU